GGCCGCCAUGGCGGCGCCCGGAGCGCCCGGGCCCGGCCCGGCCGCCGCCGCCUUUGCCACGGUGCUGAUGGCGGCCCGGGCCGAGCUGGCCGCGCCCUGCCGCCUGCUGCCCGCCGCCGCCGCCGGCGCCGCGCUCCGCCUGCAGCUCAGCGUGCAACCGGGAGCCGACGGGCGGCGCCGCUUCCGCCUGGCGCUGCGGCGGGCGGAGGCGGGGGGCGGCGCGCCCCUGGCAGAGUGUGACCUGCGGGACGUUUCCUACCGCGUGUGUGGCCCCGCCAGCCACGAGCUGCAGCUGCCAGCGCUGGGGACAGCAGCGGGGACAGCAGGGACAGCGCUGGGGACACCAUCAGGGACAGCAGGGACACCAUCGGGGACAGCAGCAGGGACAGCGCUGGGGACACCAUCGGGGACAGUGGCACAGGAGGUGGUGGCACUGAGGUUCCCCGAGGAGCGCGAGGCCCAGCAGUGGUGGACGGUGCUGAGCAGCUCCCUCAGGGAGGCACGGAGAGCCGCCGAGGGCGACACCACGGGGACAUCGUUGGUGCCACCACCCACGGGGACAUCGCUGGUGCCACCGCCCGCGGGGACAUCUCUGGUGCCACCGCCCGCGGGGACAUCACUGGUGCCACCACCCGUGGGGACAUCUCUGGUGCCACCCGCCGAGGGUCCCGAGCAGGACGCGGAGGAGGCGCAGGUCCUGGAGCUGGCCCAGACAGAGGAGCUGGCCCUGCGGCUGGCCGAGGCCAUCACCUUUGGGGACGAGGCGGUGGCAGCGCAGAGCGCGGUGGCGCUGGCCCGGCGGCACGCGGAGCUGAGCGUGAGCCUGCGCCACAGGGACGCGCCCGGGGGCCACCUCAGCAUGCCAGUGGGGGUGGAGGACGCCACAUCCUCGGCCAGCAUCACCCUGCGGGUGCAGCCCCACAUCACCAUCGGCACCCUCAAGGAGCAGGUGUUCCGCGAGUAUGGGUUCCCGCCCUCGGCGCAGCGCUGGAUCAUCGGGCAGAGCCUGUGCCGGGACGGGCGCAGCCUGGCCUCCUACGGCAUCCGCCGCGACGGCGACCCCGCCUUCCUCUUCCUCCUCUCGGCACGGCCGCCGCCGGAACCGGCACCAGCACCGGGAGCGGCCCCGGGAGCGGCCCUGGGAGCAGCAGCGGGAGCGGCCCCGGCCCCGGGAGCGGCCCCGGCCCCGGCGGGCCCCGAGCGGCAGCGGGAGCUGCAGGCGCAGGAGCUGCUGCGCGCCACGGGGCUGCACGGGGACGGGGACGGACACGGGGAUGGAGCGCCGGGAGCAGGCCGUGUCCCCGAGGAGCCCCCGGAGCGGAUGGACAUCGGGGACAUCCGGGAUCACCUGGACUCGCUGCAGCUCUGGGACAGCGCGGGGACCCCGCCCACGGGCCCUGAGCCCCGCCCACCCUCACCUGAGCAGGGCUGGCCGUGCCCCCAGUGCACGUUCCUGAACAAGCCCACCCGGCCGGGCUGUGAGAUGUGCAGCGCCCCCCGGCCCGAGGGGUACCGUGUGCCCGGGGGGCACCGCCCCGACCCCGCCGAGCUGCGGCGGCUGCAGAGGGAGCGCGACGGGACCCGGCAGUGCCAGCAGGCGCUGGAGGCGGAGCGGCAGCAGAACCUGGCGCAGCUGCUGCGGGCGGAGGAGGCGGGGCUGGUGCUGAACCCGGAGCCGCUCGAGUGCGGGAUCUGCCUGCAGGAGGUGCCGGCGGGCCGGGCCGUGCUGCUGCGCGACUGCCUGCACAGCUUCUGCCGGGAGUGCCUGCGGCAGGUGAUCAACUUCAGCGAGGAGCCGGUGGUGGCCUGUCCCUUCCGCGAUGUCACCUACGCCUGCGGCAGCCACCUGCAGGAGCGCGAGAUCCGCGCGCUGCUGUCCCCCGAGGAGCACGCGCGGUUCCUGGCGCGGGGGCUGGCGCUGGCCGAGCGCCGCAGCCGGAACAGUUUCCACUGCCGGGGCCGGGACUGCCCGGGCUGGUGCUUCUACGAGGACGCCGUGAACGAGUUCCGGUGCCCGGUCUGCGGGGCCCUCAACUGCCUCCUGUGCAAGGCCAUCCACGAGGGCCAGAACUGCCGGCAGUACCAGGACGAGCUGCAGCUGCGGGCGCUGCACGACGCGGCCGCUCGCCAGACGCGGGACAUGCUGCAGACGCUGGUGCAGCGGGGCGAGGCCAUGCACUGCCCCACGUGCCACAUCGUGGUGCAGAAGAAGGACGGGUGCGACUGGAUCCGCUGCACCGUGUGCCAGACCGAGAUCUGCUGGGUCACCAAGGGACCCCGCUGGGGACCGGCGGGCCCCGGUGACACCAGCGGCGGCUGUCGCUGCAACGUCAAUGGCCAGAGGUGCCACCCCCGGUGCCAGAACUGCCACUGACCCCCCCCCGCCCCGGGGACACCGAGGGACAGACGGACAGACGGACAGAGCUGGCACCGGGCCGGAAACGCCUGAGGGCUCCGGGAGGGGCCACGUUCAACGGGGAUGGAGAGAGAGGACACAGGGACAGACGGACAGGAUGGACACAUGGACAGAGCCAAGGAUGGACACUGGGACGGCCUCGGGGCAUGGAGGGGCCACCGGGGGGCCCCGGGACCCGCGGGGGGCCCAAUAAAGCCACUGAGUGUCA